AACGGACUCCAGAACUGGGAGUUGCCGAAACGGCCGAAGUUACGACAGAAAGAAACAACUGUGAAACUGUUUCCUUGUUCUUUGCCUUUCGGACUUUGUGGCUCUUCUUUUUUUACUUGGAAUGAAAUGCUGUUACGUGGACGACUUGAAAGAUCCCAGUGACUGCCAGCAGCCCCCACCAGCAGACUCUGCGCCGUCGCCAGGGGCCCAAGCAGAGCAGACCGGCUCGGGUGACCGGCUCCCGCAGGGCUCGACGCCAUGUCUUAACACCCUGCCCUCUCCUUUGAAAACCCCCUUGCCCCCUCCCUCCCCUUCACCCUCCUCCUCCCCCUCCCCCUCCCAUCCGGUCGAUGUGCCCCAGUCUCACCGUGACGCCCCCACCGGAGAGAUGAGCCUCCAGCAGUCUCACGCCGGCUCGGAGCGCGACCUCCACUCCGCCGCCUCCUCCGUCAGCCUGCCCUCCGUCAGGAAGACGCCCAAGAAGCGCCGGCUCUCCCUGCGCUCGCUCUUCCGCCGUCGCCGCGGCGACCCCAAGCGCAAGUCCCGGACGCUGACGGGCGGCGUGGAAGGCAUCGCGAGCGUGGAGAGCGUGCACUCGGAGAUGUGCCAGCAGGAGCGCUCCUCCGCCCUGUCGGCCCCCGGCGUGGCCUCCACAUCCUCCUCCUCCUCGUCCACCUCUUCCUCGGCCGACCUGCUGGAGUGCCCCCUCUGCCUGCUGCGGCACAGCCGCGAGCGUUUCCCCGACAUCAUGACGUGUCACCACCGCUCCUGUGCAGACUGCCUGCGUCAGUACCUGCGCAUCGAGAUCUCGGAGAGCCGCGUUAACAUCAGCUGCCCGGAGUGCUCCGAACGCUUCAACCCCCAUGACAUCCGCAUGAUCCUGGGAGACCGCGCCCUCAUGGAGAAGUACGAGGAGUUUAUGCUGCGUCGUUGGCUCGUAGCCGACCCCGACUGCCGCUGGUGCCCUGCCCCUGACUGCGGGUAUGCAGUCAUUGCCUUUGGCUGUGCCAGCUGUCCAAAGAUCACCUGUGGGAGAGAGGGCUGCGGGACGGAGUUCUGUUACCACUGCAAACAGCUGUGGCAUCCCAACCAGACCUGCGACGCCGCCCGCCAACAGAGGGCCCAGAGCCUCCGGCUGAGGCCUUUCCGCUCCUCCUCGCUCAGCUACAGCCAGGAAAGCGGCGCCGCAGCCGAUGACAUCAAGCCGUGUCCACGCUGUGCCGCUUACAUCAUCAAGAUGAACGACGGCAGCUGUAAUCACAUGACCUGCGCUGUAUGUGGCUGUGAAUUCUGCUGGCUUUGUAUGAAGGAGAUCUCUGAUCUGCAUUACUUAAGCCCGUCGGGAUGCACCUUCUGGGGUAAGAAGCCAUGGAGUCGUAAGAAGAAGAUUCUUUGGCAGCUGGGCACCCUGGUCGGUGCUCCAGUGGGCAUCGCGCUGGUCGCCGGCAUUGCCAUCCCUGCCAUGAUCAUCGGGAUCCCCGUCUACGUGGGGAGAAAGAUUCACAACCGCUAUGAAGGAAAGGACAUAUCGAAGCACAAGAGGAACCUGGUUAUUGCCGGCGGUGUGACCUUGUCUGUGAUCGUGUCUCCUGUGGUAGCCGCGGUAACUGUUGGGAUCGGCGUGCCCAUCAUGCUGGCUUACGUUUACGGUGUGGUGCCCAUCUCCCUGUGCCGCAGCGGCGGGUGCGGCGUUUCAGCGGGAAACGGGAAGGGCGUCCGCAUCGAGUUUGACGACGAGAACGACAUGAACGUGGGCAGCGGGGCAGCGGCCACCGACACCACUUCGGUGGCAGAGACGCGACAUAACCCCAGUAUUGGUGAGGGGAGUGUGGGUGGGCUGACUGGGAGCCUGAGCGCCAGUGGCAGCCACAUGGAGCGGAUUGGCACCAUGCGUGACAACCUGAGUGAGAACGCCAGCACCAUGGCGCUCGCCGGAGCCAGCAUCACGGGCAGCCUGUCAGGAAGCGCCAUGGUCAACUGCUUUAACAGGCUGGAGGUCCAGGCAGAUGUGCAGAAGGAGCGCUGCAGUCUGAGCGGGGAGUCGGGCACAGUCAGUCUGGGGACAAUCAGUGACAACGCUAGUACCAAAGCAAUGGCUGGAUCCAUUCUGAAUGCCUACAUGCCUCUGGACAGCAGAGAUGGUGCCAGUAUGGAGGUGCAGGUUGACGUGGAGUCCAAACUGGGAAAGCUACGCCAUCACAGCGGGAGCAGCAGCAUGGAUGACGGAAGCACGGGCGGGCGCGGGGGAAACGCGUGCCCCUCCGGCUGCCCCCACGAGGGCAAGUGCGGCUCGUCCCGAUGGGCCAAGGAGCCCUCCUCCUCCUCCUCUUCCUCGGGGAAGAAGAGCAAAGGCAAGCUGCGCAAGAAGGGCGGGGGCACCAAAAUCAACGAGACGCGGGAAGACAUGGACGCUCAGCUCCUGGAGCAGCGCAGCACCAACUCCAGCGAGUUCGACUCGCCCUCCCUCAGCGGCAGCCUGCCCUCCGUGGCCGACUCCCACUCCAGCCACUUUUCCGAGUUCAGCUGCUCCGACCUGGAGGGCUGCAGACCCAUCUGCUGCGGCCACGACGGUCACCCCAGGCCCCACAACGGCGGCGCGGCCGUCAGCCCCCUCCCGGAGGUGGAGAACGACCGGCUGGAGAACUGCCCGGCCCUCGGGCCCCCCGCGGCCCCGCUCACGCCGGAAGGCAGAGGCUUGCUACACUACGUGGGCGACGAGAGCGUGGGCUUGGUGUGCGGCGUGGCAGAACUAGACUCUAACGCAGGGGAGAACGCAAAAGAACGCAAUAACAACCUCCCCCAGCCGGACAGCCCCGUCCGAAACUCCUGCAUUCAGACUGAGAUCUAGAACGUUCCGCGGAGGAGGUGAAAGGAGGCAGAGAGAGAAGGAGGACCUAACCCAAACGCUAGCUUUUCAAAGCUAACCUCACACACCCCUCCACCCCCUACUUUAUUUUCAGAGGAUUGCACACUGAUAUUCAGAAAAGAUUUAUAAAGCUCAGAUUUGGUUUUCGUGGUUGUUUAUUAUUAUUAUUAUUAUUAUUGUUAUUGUUAUUUUUUUUCUUUGCCAUGUCGGAUGUUGAUAAAAGAAUGUGGCAGAAGGAAUGUUCAAUGUCAGUGUAGUUGUGUGCCGUGUAAAGUGGAAGCCCUGGCAGGGUCGGAGGCUAAAGUUUGAUUGACGGGCGGCUCAGGUCGGUUUCAGCCCUUGAGGCCCGGCCCUGUCGUUCUCUAACAGUCGGACUUAAAAGCCGAGACAAGACACAACAGACGAAAGCAACAGACGAAUGUAUGACGGCAGGUGAUUGACAGGUACACGGAGCGAAUGACAGUUGGAAUAACGAUGUAGCUGCAGAUCACAUAUGCCUCAAAUUCAAUGACAGUUGCUGUGAUCAGGAGUUUCCCUCUGAACUUCUCGUGUCUCGUGUGAGUCCACUCAGACAACUCUACCAGGCAUGUAUACACACGUAUAAUCUCAAUUACAGAUUAAAAACAACAAAAAAAAAAGUUACACAUAUAUAUCUAUAUAUCAGUGGUCGGAGGGAACCACGUCUACGCGCAAACUCGCUUUUACAAAAAAAAUAGAAAAGAAAACCACAAACACAGCAUAAGGAUUGUGACUCACAGACGUACAUUAAUACAAAUCAUACAUAAAUAACAAACAAAUGGGAAAAAAAAACAAAAAACAAAAAAAAAAAAAACGAACCUAAGAGGGACCAGGCAAUGGUGUUGACUUUUUUUUCUUUUCUUUUAUGUCACGGUGAUCUUUUUUUUUUUCCUUCC